AUGCGCCGGUGCAAGGACGACUGGGUCAACGCCACGCAGAUCUUGAAGCUCUGCGACUUCCCCAAGGCCAAGCGCACCAAGAUCCUCGAGAAGGGCGUCCAGAAGGGCCUCCACGAGAAAGUGCAGGGCGGGUACGGGCGGUUCCAGGGCACCUGGAUCCCCUUGCCCGAAGCACAGAAGUUGGCCCAGGAAUACAAUAUCACCGCGGAAAUGGCCCCCGUGCUAUAUGUGGACGUCAACGACCCGGGCACCGUGAUUCUGCGCAAGGGCAAGGGCAUAGGCGCGGCCAAGGAGAGCACGCCGCUGAAACGCAAGUAUAACCGCAGGCCCACGGCGAGUGACGCCACGCCGAAGAAGGUCAAGUACGAGGGCCACAUGCCUGUGCUGGCCGUGUUCACGCAGAACUACGCCCCCUCAAUGCCGCGUGCCGACCCCAGCGGGCCGCACAUGGCCAGCAUGCACGCGGGGCCCGCCGGCAUGGCCCCCCCGCAGCACGACUACGCGGAUCUCAUGGGCAGCCAGAAAAACGCGUACCACGCCCCCGGCGCGUUCGCCAGCUACGCCAUGCCGGACCCGGGCUUUGCGCCGCCGGCGCCGGGGCCCCCGCAAGGGCCCUUUGGCAAGGGCAACUUCACGCACGGCAUCGACGACAUGGCGCGGCAGCAGAUGAUGUACCCGGCACGGCCCGGGGGCACGCUGGCGCACCUGACCAACGAGCCCAGCUGGUCGCAGGAAGAACACACGCGUGACUCGGACACGUCCGUGUCUCUGGGCGAGCCCAAGCAGGGCGCCGCGCCCAUGGACGAGGACAACUCGCACGUGGCGCAGUUGUUGCGCUUUUUCAGCGGCGACAACUUGCCCAUCCCCUAUUUCUUGUACAGCCUGCCGUGCGAGUUCAACGUCAACGAGCCCAUCGACGACGAGGGCCACUCCACGUUGCACUGGGCCGCGUCCAUCGGCAACUUGAACCUAGUGCACUUGUUGCUCUCCAAGGGCGCCAACCCGUUGGUGGUCAGCAGCCACGGGUUGAACCCGUUGUCCAAGUGCAUCUCGUUCAACAACUGUUUCGACGCCAGGAGCUUCCCGCACGUGGUGGCCGCGCUCGAGACGUGCUUGAUCAACACGGACGUCAACGGCCGCACGCCGUUGCACUACUUGUGCCAGUUCUCCAAAGUGGCACACAAGCUCCUGGCGCUCGCGUACUACAUGGGCGAGAUCUUCGCCCGCUUGGCGGCCAUGGCGCGCCACAGCGGCAGCGGCGUGGACUUGGUGCAGAACGUGCUCGACCACCAGGACGUCAACGGCGACACGUGUCUCCACCUUGCGGCCCGCGCCGGCUGCGCGCAUUUCGUCAGGGUUCUCUUGGACCACGGCGCCCGCGACGACUUGCCGGACCUCCACCGCCUCACGGCCAAGGCACUCAUCAUGCAGCUGGGCCUCGCCGGCUACAGCUUCGCCGGCGGCAUGGCCCAUGCACCUGCGCAGCACGCUCCCAUGUACGACGCGCCCAUGCCCACGUUCCAGGUCACGCAGGCGGGCCUUGCGGGCAGCCGUGGGCCGCGGGACUCGGCCCGCCAGCACGGCCACGAGCACGCGGCGCUCGGCACGCCCAUCCGUGCGUUCAGCCGCCUUGCCGAGACGCCCGACACGCAGCGCACCACGGUCCAGGAGGAGGACGUCGACGAGCUCCACGACCGCGUCUCCAAGGACGACCUCCGAUCCCUAUUGGAACAACAGGCUGGCACUGUGGACGACAAUAAGGAGAACAUCUUCGUGGCCGGGCACGCGCUGACACCCAAGCAGGCGCCCGUGCUGCUGCCGCCCAAGCCGCCGGUGCUGGGCGUGGUGGCCGUGCGGCCGGCCGCUCUGCCGGAGACGGCGCUCUCGCCGCACCCGCCGCCUCUUGACAGCCGCGGGCGGAUUGCCGAGACCGGCCCGCGCCGCGACGCCGGCGCUCCGCUCCCCAUGGCCGACGUGUCCGCCAUGGUGUCCGGCAUGAUGCACUCGCUCCUGGCGUCCUACGACGACCAGUUGGGCGGGCUCCAGUCCGAGAGGCGCCGCGUGCACGCGGAGCUUGCGGAGAAGCGACGCCAGAUUACCGAGUGCGCCCGCAGGGCCGCGGCGCUCCUCGUGCGCAACGGCCUUGCCUCGGGCGCGUCGCUUGACGCGGCGUUGGCGGCUGUGGCCGCGGAGGUCGCCAAGUGCUCGGCGCAGUUGGCCCAGAAGGAGGCCCGGCUCCAGGCCACGAUCGGCAAGUGGCACGCGUACGAGCUUGCGGGGGCGGUGGAGCGGCACGAACGCGGCACGGAGCCGGGCGGCGGGGGGCCGUCUGCGCCGGCGUCCGCGCUGGACGCGCAGGAGAAAUGGGCCUUGAGCAAGCGCUUGGGGCUUGCCCAGGUGCGGCGCAAGCAGUUGGCGGGCAUGGUGGCGGCGCGCGUGCGGGACUUUGCCGUGACGCCCACAAUGAACAAGUACCGCCGGCUCAUCAGCCUCAGCUGUGGGCUCAAGGUGGAGGACAUCGACGGGCUCAUCCAGGGCAUUGAGGAGUCGCUCACGGAGAGCGUGCCGGCGUAG